GAAAAUAAUCCUUACAAUCAUUGUGUAUUACUGGUUACAUAAGUAAAAUUAUUAUAAGUUUUUUUAACCUUACAUUUAAUUCAGAAAAACUAUGAGAAAAACUCUUAUUAAAAAUGAAAGUAAAUUGUGAAUAUGGUGGAGGUUGUGAUUUAUUAUUUGGUACCAAACAAGAGACUUACGAAUUGCCUUCCAGUUCAACAGCGUGGACUGUAGGAGAAUUACUACUGUGGCUGGCAGAAAAACAUUUAAAAACUACACAAGAAAAUUUUCUUCAAGGAGAUUCUGUGAGACCGGGAAUUCUAGUUAUGAUUAAUGAGAUGGAUUGGGAACUAUUAGAUACAACCAAUUAUGUAUUAAAAGAAAAUGAUACAGUGAUAUUUUUCUCGACGCUUCAUGGAGGAUAAUGCAUACAUAUAAUUAAGAGUAAAAUUUGUAUAUAUAUUUUUUUAAAUUUAUAUUUUUUAAGUAAAUUUUGUUUACUGCUUAUUUUGUUUC